AACAGACUCAAACCCAUCCGGACAGUAGCUAGAACAGAUACAGUAGCAUAGAAGAUGAGUGUUUUGGGUUUUUGGGCUUUUGCGCUGGUGCUGUGCUGCCUUCCGUUGUUUUGCAGCUCGUGUCCUGCUCAAUGCAGCUGCUUCUACCACAAACUGAGCGACGGAUUCAAGUCGAGGAGUGUGCUGUGUAACGACCCCGAUCUCACUGUGAUCCCAAACAACUUUCCCUCGGACACCUCCAAACUCCGCAUCGAGAAAACCUCCAUCAGCCUGGUCUCCAGCGAAACCUUCCAUUACCUCAGCAGCCUGGAGUACCUCUGGAUAUCCUUCAACUCACUCUCCUCCCUCAGCGUGGACAGUUUCCGAGGACUUAACGCCUUGGAUGAAUUACGGAUGGAUGGGAAUGUUCUCACUUCCUUUCCUUGGGAAUGUUUGAUGGACAUGCCUAACCUUCGGCUUCUGGAUUUGCACAAUAAUAAAAUCAGCAGCAUCCCAGCUGAAGCAACCAUUUACAUCAAAAACUUGACCUACCUGGAUCUGUCCAGCAACAGUCUGACCACCGUUCCAGCCGAGGUUCUUACUUCGUGGUUCUCUCUGAAACCUCCUCAGGAUGCAGAGAACUCCAAAAUGAUACUGGGUCUCCACGACAAUCCCUGGCAGUGCGACUGUCGUCUCUUUGAUUUGGUGCAGUUCCAGAAGUUUCCUUCUUCCUCCGUGGCGUUCAUCGAUACACGUCUGCGCUGCGCCGAACCCGAGAGCCUGUCGGGAGUCCUCUUCUCUGAUGCUGAGCUCCGCAAGUGUCAGGUUCCCCGCGUGCACACGGCCGUCGCGAGGGUCCGAAGCUCCAUCGGAAACAAUGUGUUGCUGCGCUGCGGGACCAUCGGUGUUCCCAUCCCGGAGCUGUCCUGGACCCGUGCCGACCGCAAGCCCAUGAACGGCACCGUUCAACAGGAAAUCUCUAAAGAGGGCAUCAUCUGGUCCAUUCUCAGCGUUCCUGCUGUUUCGUACAGGGAUUCAGGGAAAUAUGUUUGCAGAGCCACUAACUUUGUCGGGAGUGCCGAUGCCAUUAUCUCACUUGUCAUUUCUGAUACGUGGCAAAUCGAUGAAGCGGUCGCCAAAAAAAGUCACGGAAAGAAGAAUGGUGGAUUUGGCCGAGCGGCGUAUCAAGAGAAACUCAUCGCCAGAUACGUGCCGCCGGCCACAUCAGCCGCUGUGCCCAUCAUCGAGCCGCUCAAUGGACCCAAAGCCACAGCAUCCAUCCGGAUCGAAAGCUACAGCAUUUCUGAUGAUGUUUCCAAAGCGAAGGUCACAGCGGCACCUGCAGUGUCCACAGGAACAGACAGCGGGGCGGUGGAGCUUCAGAAAGAUGUCUUGAGUAACCUGGAGGCUAAUGCUUCAUCUCUGCAGCAGGGUCCGGAGCGCAGAGUGGUUCGCUCGGUCAAAGUGAUUGGUGACACUGACCACACGGUCUCGCUGAACUGGCGCGCACCCACCGCCUCCAACACCACGUCCUUCAGCGUUCUUUACGCCGUCUUUGGGGAGAGGGACAUGCGUCGCAUUAAUGUUGGCCCAGGCAAGAAUCGGGUAACGAUCGAAGGGCUCGUCCCCAAAACCAAGUACAUAGCCUGUGUGUGCGUGAAGGGCCUCGUUCCCAAGAAAGAGCAGUGUGUGAUUUUCUCCACGGACGAGGCGGCCAGCGCCAGCGGCACACAGAAGCUCAUUAACGUGGUGGUGAUCACGGUCGCCUGCGUGAUCGCGGUUCCUCUGACACUCAUCGUCUGCUGCGGGGCACUGAAGAGGAGGCUGCAGAAACUGAUGGGCAGGAAGUCCAAAGACAUUCAGGACUCGUACGUGACGUUUGAGACUCUGUCUCCAGGCACCAAAGCCAAAGGACUGGAGGGGGAAUAUCUCACCAGACUCAACCCAGACGAGUCCAACCGGCUGCUUUCGGCCCGCUCUAGUGUGGACUCUGAGGCUACGGCCAGAACCGAGGGCCAACCCAACGAGUAUUUCUGCUGAUGGACCAACGGCAGGUAACCACCUUAGAGAAAGUUCAGUGUUCAAAAAGGGAAAAUUAUCACUCAAGUGUGAAAUUUGUGUUUCUUUUUUUGUCAUGCACUUUUCCAAUGAUAUGUUUAUCAUUGAUUCAUUCAUCAUUUAUGUUCUGCAAUGAAAUGUCUGUGAGCAACACAUAAUACUCAUAUAUCUUAUACAGAAGGUGAAGCGUUAAGAUUUUCUGUUUGGACUGUCAGGAUUUUGCAAUAAGACAGGGACGGUGAUGUACAUGCUUAAUUUUUCCUUUUUACUUGUUUUUCUUUAUACUGUUAACUUGUCACAGUGUACUGGGGCAACUGUUCUGUUUUCCACUUUAACCUUAAAACUGCUUAAAAUUUGCAAUAUCAGGAAUAUGUUAAAGUCUCUACUCAAAUAUAUUAAAUAUAUGUUUAAAAAUACGAUUGAAUAAAAUAAUGUUUUAUAUGGUC